UCCGUCGUGGACGGUACAGGCGGCAGCGAACUAGAGCCCGCGUCGCAGUUCGCGGCCACGUAGAGGCCGGGCGAGCCCGGGCACCGGGACCCAGCCCAGGCUCGGCGAGCACCUCUGCGCGCGGCUGGGGUCAUGGUAUACUGAAAAAGCACUCAAGAGAAAUCUGGGGGGAGCUGGAAGCUAUCAAGUUAUUGAGGCCACACAGGGGGCAGAAAAGACAGAGCCCCUGGGCCACAGACCACCAUGGAUGUGCACCUCGAUAACCCUGGGGGUCAGGAGAGCACAAGCAACAGCGGCAAGGAAAGCAGCAGCACAGGAAACCAGCAAGAUGUUGCUAUGAGGACAGAUUCAUCAGAAAUGACGGAUGUGGAGCCAAUGGUCAACAAUUUUGCAUCAUCAGCAAGGGCAGGCCGCCGGAAUGCUCUACCAGACAUCCAGGGUUCAGCUGCCACGAGUGGAACCUCGGAGUUGCCCCUCAAACCGGAGGUCCUCUCCGUGAAGGAAGAUGUGAAAAAGAAAGAUAAAGAAACAGCACAAGACCAAUUGGAAAAGCCCAAAGAUGAAGGAAAAUGAAGGCUCAUUACGUAUCAAAAGUGCUGAAUUUCUGCACAUUGAAAGACUUAGUGGCUCUGCUUUCCUGAGAUGUUUGGUAGUAACUAUGGUAACAUUGCUGCCCUAAGCAACGUGUGUGUACUAGAUAAUUUUGUUGUGACACUGCUCACUUGGAUUGCAACCGUAAUGUCCAGUGUAGGUUAUUAAAAGGCAGAUUACUUCCGAAUUGCACCCAAGAGAGAGGGUAAGAAUGCACGGUCACUUAAAUACAUAUCAUUGUCAAUAAACCCAACAAAAUCCAACGUUCUCUUUUGGAUUUCUUUAGCCAGAUAUAUUUUUAAUUCCAUUUUUAUGGUGAUGGGUAAACCACUUCUUGGUAAAUAGGAGCCAAGCGCUAUUAAUUUAAAACUUCAUGGGAUUUGUAGGAAAUUGUGGUUUUGGUGAGAUAGAAUAGUAAAAAAUGCAUCAGUAAAAGUAUGUUUGUUUUUAUCCAACAAUGCACCAUUUUCUUCUCAAACCUUACAAAGAUUUGGAAAGGUAGUAAAAUUUGACAACUCAGACAUCUCUAGGAAGUUUUUGUUUGCUGUAUUUUGCUUCUAGUCUCUGCAUACUGAUUUUUCAUGUGGACUCUUAAAAUGGAAAAUUUAUGAUGAGUAGUUUAUAUGGAAUAUGCCUAUUAAAUGAAUCUCGCGGUCUUCCUUAACUUCA